UUAAAAUUUUGUUGCAAUUGAAUUUUUAGAUUUCCUAAAACUUCUUUCAAUUGUUACUAGGUAAUAUGGCUACAUCGACCAUUAGAAAAACCGAAGUUUUCUCUCGAAUACUGUAUGCAUUUCCCAUUUUAAAUGAAAAGCUUCAAAAUGAUUGCACAGACGAAGAAUUCAUAAAAAUAAUCAAUGAAAUCAAGGCAUUAAAUUUAACACAUUUAGUCGAGGAUAUGGUUAUUUAUCAUAUAGAGGAAUACAUUCGACAAAGUGUAGCUCCUAUGUUUUGGAAAAAAUUCAUGACUACCGUAAACGGACAACAAGGCUUUGAACAUUUUAAAUGCGCAGUAGACGGGUUAUACACACAAGUAACAGGAUUUGUGCCGUUAUUAAAGAAAUUAGAAUAUCUUACGCAACACGAACCAGCUCAAUAUGCGACAGAAGAAAAUAAUAUAUUCAGUCAAUUUAAACUGAUCGUACGAUCUACAUUAUUAAGUCAAUUGCCGCUCCAUUAUGAGCAUGUACUAAAGCAGUUUUACAAAAUUGCAUUCAAUGUAUUUUGUUGCACAGAUAAUGCUACACAUGGAAAUACUGUCAGCGAUUCUCUUCAAUGUGUAGGCUGCUUACAGAAAAUAGAAAAAUGUUGUUGCCAAAUGAUAGUAAUUAUGUUCCAUGAAACGAAUAGAAAAUUGAUCGAAUUGGAACUAUUAGAAAGACUAGUGGGUAAUGUUCUCACAUCACUGAUUCAUAUACAUAUAAAAAAUCAUGUAAAUCAGUCAUGUGAUAAAACAUUUGAUGUAUCACAGUUAGAAUCAUUGGAAAAUUGGCUUGAAACAGUUGUUAUGAGUUGGUUAAUAAGAGUAUAUUCUGGUGGUUUUUCAAAGACUGUAUCUUUAAGCGAUCAAACUCGUAAUACUAUAGAUAACUUUAAGCAAAAAUUAUCUUACUUUUUAUAUGAAACAUACACAAGAUUUAGGAUUGAACAACUCUUUGAUAUUAUAAUAGAGUAUCCUGAUUCUCAACCAGCAAUAGAUGAUUUACGUGUCUGUUUGCAUCGAACUGACUUGCGAAAAGUUUUGGUAGAAAGUCUACAGGAAGCCUUAAAGACAAGAUUGUUGCAUCCAGGCGUGAAUACACCUGAUAUAUUAACUGCUUACAUUGCAGCUAUAAAGGCAUUAAGACAGUUGGAUUCUACGGGAGUUCUUCUUGAAACAAUAACAGAACCUAUCAAAGUUUAUUUGAGGACUAGAGAAGAUACAGUACGUUGUGUCGUGAGUGAUCUAUUGGAUGAUUCGCCAAGUGAUCUAGCAGAUGAAUUAGUUAAAGGCGAAUCUUUACAAUUAGAUGAUUCUUCUGGCGACGAGGAGAAUGAAAAUUGGGAUAGAUGGAUGCCUGAUCCUGUUGAUGCUGAUCCUGCAAAAUCGGCACAACGUAGAAUGUCAGAUAUAAUCUCAAUGUUAGUAAAUAUAUAUGGAAGUCAGGAUUUAUUUGUAAACGAAUAUCGCACGCUACUAGCAGAUAGAUUACUGUCUCAAUUAAAUUAUCAUACAGAGCGAGAAAUUCGAUAUUUGGAACUAUUGAAAAGACGUUUUGGAGAAAAUCAGCUUCAUUAUUGUGAAGUUAUGUUGAAAGAUAUAUAUGAUUCUAAGAGAAUAGAUGGACACAUACAAUCUAAUACUAGUUGUGCUUUAGAGAAAGAGCAGUUCCGUAUAUCCGCUUUAAUAUUAUCAGCACAGUUUUGGCCGCCGUUCAAAGAGAAUUGGAAAUUGGAAUUACCUAAAUUCGUGCAAAAUCAGUUACACAAAUAUGUAAAAGCGUUUGAAACUUUGAAAGGAAAUAGGACACUUUGUUGGAAACCUCAUCUUGGGAACGUUACAUUAGAGAUUGAAUUGAAGGACAGGACAUUAGAUAUAAAUGUGACACCAAUACAUGCUACAAUAAUCUUACAUUUUCAGGAUAAAAAAGAGUGGACUUUGGAGGAACUUGCAGAAGUAAUGCAUGUUCCUGCAACUGUGCUUCGAAGAAAAAUAACCUUCUGGGUUAUGCAAGGUCUUUUAAAAGAAAAUUCCAAUGAUAUUUUUACGUUACAAGAAGAAAGCACAACAAAAAAUAGAUCUCUGUCAGAUAUUGUAGAAGAGGAAGAAAUUGAAAGUGCAAUGGCAUCAGCAAGCGAUCAAAGGGAAGAGGAAUUACAAGUGUUCUGGUCCUAUAUUGUUGGAAUGUUGACUAAUCUAGAUUCGAUGCCUCUGGAAAGAAUCCAUCAAAUGCUAAAAAUGUUUGCAUCGCAAGGUUCAGGAGCAAUGGAAUGUGGUUUACCUGAAUUGAGACAAUUUCUUGAUAGAAAAGUUAGAGAACAUCAGCUACUAUUUUCAGGUGGUUUAUACCGUUUACCAAAAUCAUAAAGUUUUAAUAUAUUUUCUAUUGUUUAUUCUACUGUAAAGUAUCAUGUUAUAUCUUUCCUAUUUUUUACUGCCAAUUUUCUAUUUUUUCUUCCUUUGUAAUCUGUCAAUGCUUAAAAUAUUUUUAAUCAUUAAAACGAGGAUUGUAUUAUACAGAGUAUCCAAGAUUUUAACAGCCAAAUUUUGUCAGCAUAUUCUUUGGUCUAAACAAGAAAAAAAAAUGUUGUGUAAACAUAUAUUGCUUAGAGCUUUAUUCAAAAGUUGAUACAAGUAUGAAAUAGCAAUACUGCGAUACAGUGUGAGAAUAUACCAUUAUUUACACUUAUUCUAUCUUCAUUUAAGCAAGUAAACAUUUACACUAUCUGAAAUUAUAAAAACUUACAAUAUUUCUAUAAAUUUUUCAAAAUUUAUUAACAUUGCAUCUCAUA